AUGCGCGCGGUGUGGGGCGUCGGCGAUCACGUGCAGUGCCUCCACCCCGGCAGCGCGUGCAUCAGCGGGGACACCCAGGUGAUGGCGUCGUGGGAGAUUGUCUUCUCGUCCAUGCCCCCGGGGCAAGGCUUGGACGUCAACUGCGAGCAGGUCCGAGUCCACGCGAACGACUCGUGGGGUUUCAUCACGUGCGUAGAGCGGGUGGACGCGGACAGCGGCGUGGGGACCCUCGCGGCGACGAACGUGUUCGAAGUGCAGGACGGGGAGUGGAAGAUCAUCCACCACCAGGCUCACGGAAUCCAAACCAUGCGCUGA